AUGUCAAGAAUUUUAAGGUCAGCUUUAGCUAAAACGGCUAUUGCUACUGGGGCGAUCCUUGGAGGGACUGUGGUAUACUUGGAUUUCAUCAAACCAGCUAACCCACCGGAAUUAGUUACUUCAUACAAGCCAUUACAGAAGUCUUUGGGGGCCCCACCAUCUCGUGAUGCAUUAGUAGAGAAUUUAAAAACCACGAAGAAAUUCGAUAUGUUGAUUAUCGGAGGUGGAGCAGUAGGUUCAGGUACUGUACUUGAUGCUGUGACACGUGGAAUGAAUGUGUGUCUUUUAGAAAAAGAAGAUUUUGCUUCAGGUACUUCUUCCAAAUCAACUAAAAUGGCACAUGGUGGUGUCCGUUAUUUGGAAAAAGCUAUUUUCGGUUUGUCCAAAGCACAAUUAGAUUUAGUUAUAGAAGCUUUGAAUGAAAGAGCAAACAUGUUAAGAACAGCACCUCAUUUGUGUGGAAUACUACCAAUUAUGAUUCCUGUAUACACGUGGUGGCAGAUUCCAUAUUUCUUUGCUGGGUGCAAAAUGUAUGAUUGGUUUGCCGGCUAUCAAAAUUUGCGUUCCUCUACCAUAUUUUCCAAAGAAAUUACCACUGCAAUUGCUCCUAUGUUGGAUAGCUCCAACUUAAAGGCAAGUUGUAUUUAUCAUGAUGGUACUUUUAAUGAUGCAAGAAUGAACUCGACAUUGGCAAUUACUGCGAUUGAAAAUGGGGCAACCGUUUUGAACUAUUUCCAAGUUAAUCAGUUGUUAAAGGAUGAUUCUGGUAAAGUUGUGGGUGUUAAAGCUCAAGAUUUAGAAACCAAUGAAAUUUAUGAAAUCAAAGCUACCUCAGUUGUGAACGCUACCGGUCCAUUCGCUGAUAAGAUUUUAGAAAUGGAUGAACACCCACAAGGAUUGCCUCCAAAGGAAGAGCGUAAGCCAAGAAUGGUUGUCCCUUCUUCCGGGGUCCAUAUUGUUUUACCUGAAUAUUACUGUUCCGAUGAAGUUGGUUUGUUGGACCCAUCUCCUUCUGAUGGUCGUGUUAUGUUCUUUUUGCCAUGGCAAGGAAAGGUACUUGCUGGUACUACCGAUACAGCAUUGAAGAGUGUUCCUGAACAUCCUGUUCCCACUGAAGCUGAAAUUCAAGAUAUCUUGAAAGAGCUUCAAAAGUAUAUUUCAUUCCCAGUCAAAAGAGAGGACGUGUUAUCUGCCUGGUCCGGUAUUAGACCUUUAGUAAGAGACCCAGCUACUGUUACAGAAGAGAAUGAGGGUUCUACAGAAGGUAUAGUUCGUUCUCAUUUGCUUACUCAAUCACCUUCCGGUUUGGUAACUAUUUCUGGUGGGAAGUGGACAACGUAUCGUGAAAUGGCAGAACAAACCGUGGAUCAUGUAAUUAAGAACUUUGACUUCGAUGGGAAACAAUUCAAACCUUGCCAAACCAAUAAAUUGAUUUUAGCUGGUGGUGAAGAUUAUUCAAAAAAUUACGCUGCAAGAUUAAUUCAUGAAUACAGGAUUCCUUUGAAAUUAGCUAAUCACUUGGCAAAUAAUUAUGGAUCCAGAUCUCCAUUGAUUUUGGAAUUAUAUAGGGCUAAUGAUUACAACAAGUUACCAGUAUCAUUAGCUAGUGCCAAAUCAUUUAACCCUUCGCAAUCAACUUCUUCUCCAGAAAACUAUUUGAAUUAUAAGAGAUUUGAAGAACCAUUCACAAUUGCUGAAUUGAAAUACGCUCUUAAAUAUGAAUAUGUCAGAACACCAGUAGAUUUCUUAGCUAGAAGAACAAGAUUGGCGUUCUUAAAUGCCAAAGAGGCAUUGACUGCUGUUGACGGUGUAGUUGACAUCAUGGCCAAAGAAUUGCAUUGGAGCAAUAAAACCAAAGAAAGAAUGAAGAAUGAUGCCAUCAGUUACAUAAGCAAUAUGGGAGUCUCUACCAAUAACUAA